AUGACAAAGCCUCCUGCUACUACAGUUGCACCACCUGGCUCAACUACUGCAUCCUUACAUACAAACCCCACUUCCACAACUACAUCUCCAGCUAACAUUUUGGAUAGAUCAACCACAUCACCCGACACAACUGCUACACCUUCAGAUCUUACAAAUCAACCCAGAUCAACAGACCCAGCAGCCCUAAUAUCAGUCUCAACUGCCUCCAGUACCAGUUCAGAACCCACUACUACCGGUAUACCAUCAUAUGCCAGGACAACACACACUGACUCAACGCCCACAACAAAAAACAAAAUGCCAUCCUUCACAACUUCUGUUUCUUCUACAACUGCCUCAGCUACAUCUGCAGCCACACCAUCCACAAACACAAAUAUUUCCUCUGCCCCAACAACCACAAAUAUUAAUACUGCCUUCACAACGAUAACAGACAUUUUAGCACAUACAACUCACAAACCCAUGACAAAAUCUCCUGCCGUGACACUUGUAACUUCUGCUUCAACUGCUACAUCCCCACAUACAAGCUCCACUUCAACAGCUACAUCUCUAACCACCAUUUUGGAUAUAUCAUCCACAUCAGACCACACAACAACUACUACAGCUUCAGCUCUUUCAAAUGAACCCAAGUCAACAGGUCCAGCAGUUAAAACUUCUGCCUUCACUAUCACCAGUACCAGUUUAGAACCCACAACAUCAGCGAUACCCUCACCUGCCAGGACAACACACACUGAAUCAGGUUUCACAACUAAAGAUAAAGUUUCAUCCUCCAUAGGUUCUGUUUCCUCUACCACUCCAUCAGCUACAUCAACAGCCACAGAGUCCACGACCACAAAUGUUUCUUCUUCUCCAGUAACCACUGAUAUUAAUACUGCCUCCAUAAAAAAAUCAUCUGCUGCUAUACGUCCACCUUCUGGCUCAACUGCGACACCUCCACACACAAGCUCCACUUCUAAAGCUACAUCUCAAGUCACCAUUAUGAAUAGUUCAACCUCAUUAGCCCAAACAAAAACUACUAUAGCUUCCACUACUACUAAUGAACCCAAAUCAACAGACCCAGCUGCCAUAAAUUCAGUCUUUACCACCACCAGUUCCGGAUUAGAACCCACAACUACAGGUGUACCCUCAAAUACCAGGACAACACACCCUGAUUCAGGGCCUACAACUAAAGACAAAACAUCAUCCUCCACAGCUUUGGUUUCCUCUACAACUGCCUUAGCUACGCCCUGCAACUGCCAAACCUACAACAAGUACUGCCACUACUCUUGCAUAUUCAUCUACAACUACAGAUUUCACAAAUCACACAGCCGCAAAACUUCCUUCCACUCCCACAACCACUGGUAUCACAACAACCCCCACAACCUCAAAAGUUACUUUAAGUCCUCUGACAAGUUACACAACUUCAGUCCAUGGGACUAG